GGAAGGUGGAGUUUGAGGGAGGGCGGGGUUUAGAGUGAGGGCACAUGUGCCUUAGGACACAGUAAGGUGCGUGGGCGGAGACUGACACACGGGAUGCGGGACUUGUCGCACACAUUGGGCACCCUGUAUAGAGGAUAAUACUCACCCCAUAUGGGCUGCCAUGCCAGUCAGGGGAUGUCUGCCAAUGCUGGAUACAUUACAGAACGCGUGGAUUCUACUGCAACAUUCUAAACACACACCUGAGCUCUCUGCUCUGCCCUAACUACUAGAGCGCUUUAUGGCACAUCCCAGCAAGUCAGUUACAAGAACUACAAACUGAGGAUCUACAAUAUUGCUUGUUGGGUUCUGUAAGACUUCACUAAGAACUCCCUGGAAUUAGAGGAUCCAUUCUCUGUUUGCUCUGUGUAUUGAAGGGCAGUGUUCAUUUGGGGAAAUACCACUGACCUGCCCUUAGCCCCAGAGAGGCUGGAUUGUGUUAAAGGUGGAUUUUGGAUUCUACAAGCUGUGUGGUCUGGCUAGAUUUGGAUUGGGAUCUAGCUCCAUAUCUUGAUACAGUAACUGACCCCUCUUACAAGACUGGCCCCCAUCUCCUGCUUUUACCACAUGCUGUAGGUCCUGAUGGGAUCGGUGCAUGACCUGUCCCAUCUCCGGAGCCUGUUCUCCGCCUGCGAUGUCAAUGGCUCCGGAAUGGUGGAGCUUGAGGACUUCACCUCGGUGUGUACAGAGCUGGGGCUCCAGCCUGGCCAGAUCCGGCCCUUGUUCCGCAAGCUGGACAUGGACGGAGACGGUAUGAUCAACUUCCAGGAUUUCUCGGCUGGCUUCGAGGAGGUAUCCCAAGUGCUCAACCUGUCUGCCUACCAUCCACCCCCAGCCUGGGAGGAGGAGAUGGAACACCGGCUGGGGGGAGAGCUGGGGUACCUGAACAGGUGAGACCCUCGUGUGCGGAAGCUAUAAUAUAGGAAGCAGGGGUACCUGAACAGGUGAGACCCCCAUGUGAGGGAGCUAUAAAAUAGGAAGCAGGGGUACCUGAACAGGUGAGACCCCCGUGUGAGGGAUCUAUAAAAUAGGAAGCAGGGGUACCUGAACAGGUGAGACCCCCGUGUGAGGAAGCUAUAAAAUAGGAAGCAGGGGUACCUGAACAGGUGAGACCCCCGUGUGAGGAAGCUAUAAAAUAGGAAGCAGGGGUACCUGAACAGGUGAGACCCCCGUGUGAGGAAGCUAUAAAAUAGGAAGCAGGGGUACCUGAACAGGUGAGCCCCCUGUGCGGGAAGUAUAGAAACAAGACACGCUGGGGGAGAGCUGAGGUACCUGUGCGGGAUGUAUAGGGAGCAAGCAAGCUGGUGGGGAGCUGGGGUAGGUGGCCAGAUGUGCUCCCUGUGAGGGACAUAUAGGAUUUAGGCAGACUAGGGGGAGACUUGGGAUACCUGACAAGGGACAUAUAGGAAGCAGGUGGGCUGGGGUAUCUGGUCAGAUUAGCCCCCUGUGCGGGAGGUAUACGAAGCAGGUAGGCUAGGUUACUGAGACUCUCUCCCAGUGAUAACAGGUUAAUUAGAGACAGCUAGAGUAAAGGAAACCUAACCCUAUCCCUCUUUACUGUGAUUAGUAACAUGAUGUAUUUAGGAGUUGAGUUAACACUUUGGAGCUGGAAUGUUAAAUGUGCCCAGCUAUCAAUCAUUUAGAAACGCAAUAUAAUGUCUGUCGUAUGUGCAACACACCUGGAAUGUCUAACUUUGAUAUAGUGAAACUUGGAUGACGUUAGAAGUUUAAACAAAGGCUUAAUAAAGGCAUGUUCCAAUUUUUUUUUUCCCUUGUAGAGAAACCUAUUCACACUGCCCUAAGUAGAUCUCAAGCUCUUUAACCUAAUGGUUAAUUUUGAAGUGUUCAUUAACACUAAUCUGAUAUUAUAGUUGAAAAUGUGGGUAUCUGAUAAGUAGAAAAACACACUUCUGGGUUUUAUUCACUAUGUAAUGGUAAUGAAUUGAACCCACAAUGCAAACUUUAGAUAAAAUAUCUCUAAGUGUGGUUUUUAUCUCAAUUUGGCUAUAUUUGUGUGAAAUUUGGAAUUUUCUUUUCACUUCACCAAACUUCUAGUAGCGCCGAAAAAAAAAAAAAACCCCAACAAAAACUGCUUUUUAUUGUUUGAUAUACAGUAGGUGUAAAUCUGUAACAAAUUUCAAGCUUUGUGUUAAAAUAAGCAAGUUUGGAAUAUCCCCCCAGCUGAAACUAUUUAGCUAGUAUACAUUUCUUCUUGCAAGCCAUUUGUCAAAGGAAAAACAUGUAAUUUAUUUUGCGAAUAAAACCCAAAUCAAUAGAAGACAUAUUUGAUGAUCUUCCAUGGAAACCAGAAAAACUGGAAUGCAAGUCAGUCAUAGGUUACAAGGCUGUCUCUUCUCUCUGUAAGAAUUUCUUAGGAACAGAACAAAGGCUGUUGUUCACUCAUCCUCUUGAGUCAAUACACAUUAGGAGAAUAGUUGUGGAAUCUCAUUGUCUGUCAGGAUAUACAAGGUCCUGCUCUCUCUGUUUAUUAUAUUAAUUUUAGGGCCUUGUUUAUUUAGUUUGAGAAAAGGUGCACUGUACAAUGUGUUCAUUGAAACAGUUUGUACCAACAUGUAACUUGAAUCGAAAGACUUUACGCAAUAUAAUUUAAUUAAACUACUACCAUAACAGAGAUUCCUGAGCGAUUAUCUUGACUGAAGAGUUUAGUUAGCUAAUCAGACAUAUCUAUCAUGGUAUACAUUCGCUGCUGCAGCUGUUGUUGACUUGUAUUCACUAAAGUGUGAAUUGUUAGAAAUUGAAAGUGACUUUAGAAUUUAAGGCCAGUCUAGGCUGACUAAAAGAUUUUUUUUUUUUUCAAAUCAUCUGUUUUGGCCUAAUUCUUGAAAUCCACUUUGAUUUCCCAACAAUUCACAUAUUAGCACUAACAAUGUUAUAUGUUAAAAUUCAAAUUUGAAUAAGUCAGAUUUGAAUAUCAAAACGACGGCUAAAAUAGCCAAGCUGUCACUAUAGUUGAGUUGAAUAUGGUUUUCAUAUUCACUGUUUUAACCUCUAUUUGUAUUUAAUUCUCUAAAAUUCUGACUUGUGAAUAACCCUGUAAGAGUUUCCCAUGAAACAGGACUGGCUGGUCACCAUGGGCAACUGCAUAGAGCCUUUGGGUAGCCAUCAAUGACUAAUAAAUAGAGCUCAGUUCUGUGAAAUACCCAGCUUUUGUGUUACUGCAACACAGUAAUUGUUUAGUAGGUAUUCAGAUUUGUUGUUGCGUUCUCCUUAUUCAUAAUGCUCAUGGUUCCGUCCUUCAUUAAUAUUCAUGUUUCUCAUCACCGUCUGAUGAGCUUCAGAUGUCAAACAUUUAACUUUCUUAGAAAAUAAGAGAUAGUGGGUAGGCGCUUCACAAAAUUGGAAAUAUAAUAGAUAAAACAAAAGUGGUUGAUACAACAGUGUUUCCCAGACACUAGAUAAGAGUAAAUAUAAAAAGAAAUGUAUAUCAAAACCACAUAAAGGAGGAUCAGCCCCAAAAACAAGUGAAGUGGUAGAAAACAACCAUAAAAUACAACCUGUACGUUGAAGAAUGGCAGAGUGUUAUCUAUAAAAUAUAAAUACAGAACAUAACAUAUUACAAAUAUAUGUAGAAAUAGAAGGUGGACAACCACUUACAUUUACCAGAGCCGUACCAGGCUCUGUGUAGCAGGCUCAAAGGUGCCAAUUCAGGCUAACAGGAUUCCAGAUAAUAAAUGGAAAAAUUCCGUAGUAAAAAAGAUAUUUAUUUAUAAAAAAUAAUAGUAAACAAACUCCUGGUUAUAAGGGGGUGGAACCCAAUAACAGAUAAUAUGUAAAAAAAGGUAUCCACUUACCCAAACCAAAGUAACCAAUGGAGUAGUAUAAGAAAAUUAAAAAUUACAAUACAAGUGGUAAAUAGCAGCAGUCAAUGGCAGCAGCAGUCAAUAGCAGCAAAUAGCAGCAGUCAAUGGCAGCAGCAGUCAAUAGCAGCAUAAUAGCAGCAGUCAAUGGCAGCAGCAGUCAAUAGCAGCAAGCUAUUGACUGCUGCUAUUUACCACUUGUAUUUAAUUUUUAAUUUUCUUAUACUACUCCAUUGGUUACUUUGGUUUGGGUAAGUGGAUACCUUUUUUUACAUAUUAUUGGGUUCCACCCCCUUAUAACCAGGAGUUUGUUUACUAUUAUUUUUUAUAAAUAAAUAUCUUUUUUACUACGGAAUUUUUCCAUUUAUUAUCUGGAAUCCUGUUAGCCUGAAUUGGCACCUUUGAGCCUGCUACACAGAGCCUGGUACGGCUCUGGUAAAUGUAAUUUGUAAUAUACAGUAUACACUAUGUUAUGUUCUGUAUUUAUAUUUUAUAGAUAACACUCUGCCAUUCUUCAACAUACAGGUUGUAUUUUAUGGUUGUUUUCUACCACUUCACUUGUUUUUGGGGCUGAUCCUCCUUUAUGUGGUUUUGAUAUACAUUUCUUUUUAUAUUUAUUCCACUUUCUUAGUUUCUGAAAUAUUGACUUUAUUGCCACAAGCUGUAUUCACUUUGUACUACACCCGGUAAACAGCGCAGAACCAUUCCGCAUUCCAAACCAAGGCUUGUCUGUUUUGUGAUGUAGGGUUGAUAUAUUGGUCUGGUAAAUUCCACAGAACCUUCAAAGAAUAACUUACACAAUCAGAAAUAAAACAUUUACUGAUACAUUUGUGUAGCAUUAGAGGCAAUCUAACCCAAAUGUUUAAUUUCAUGUUAAUACAUGGAAAAAAUUUUAGACUUUCAUGGUGCCCAUUUUAAAGGGACGUUGUAAACUGGUAUUUGCCAAACGUUUUAUUUACCGUAUAUAGUCAUGUAUAAAUCGAGAAAUUUUAGUCCUAAACUUCAUUUUAAACGCAGGGUCAAAUUAUCCACGGGUCAGUGCUAGUUUCAAUAGAACUUUGUACAUUGAAUGCGGGGCAAUGUAGACUCCCGAAUGCCGUUCUCCUAGCUGGGCAGGGGUACAAGUUUCAGCGGUGUUUGUUGGCUGGCGUAGCUGACUCAGAGAUCCAUGCAGUCGACGACUGUGUACCGCCGCCUGUGUUCGUGAGAUGAACACGUGCGUUCGUAUAUACGAAUGGCUGCCGCCCAAGGGAAUGCUUGUUUGCGGUUAACAGCCAGGGGUGGUUGGUGAUUACGACCGGGCUUGACAGAUUUGUUUAGAAUCUAGGAGCCAGCUAAAAAAGUUAGGAACCAGUUUUUGAAAAACAAAUUUUAGGUAUAAUUUUCAACGAGAAAACUGCAAUUCUUAAGGGACACUUUAGACACCAGAACCACUAGAGCUUAAUGUAGUUCUGGUGUCUAUAACCUGUACCUGCAGAUAUUUCAAUGUAAACACUGCCUUUUCCUAUAGUGACUCAGAUGGCCACUAGAGUCCUUGGUUCAGCGUCUCCACACUCUGUAUGGAGGCGCUAAAUGUUCCCCAUAGAUGCAUCGAUUCAAUGCAUUUCUAUGAGGAGAUGCUGAUUGGCACAUUGUUUUGCUGCUCAUGCACAAUAUUCUCCCUUAGCUGAGAUCAUUAUUACUGACCAGCCAAGGCCAUGGAGAAACGGGCUUAGCGUGGGAAAAAAAGGUGAAUAGAAACCACUUUCUCGUGCGAUUGGAGGGGGCAGGUACCUAAACAGACACCGAUUCACACACUCUCUGAUAGACUUACACACAUAGACACACAAACAGAGACACAGACUAACACACACAUUUUCUCCCACACGCAAACUUAGAUUUAAAUUUUUAUUACAAUCCACUCAGACAACCUACCUUUUGGAGAGCGGAGUGGGUCCAGUGGGCUCCUCUCUCUUCCUGCGUGCGAGGGAGCAGUAAUCUUACUGCGGCUCCUCUCUGCUACCUCGCGCUCUCUGUAGUGAUGCCAGGGCUGGAGUGACAUCAUAUUCCGCUUCCCGUCAUCAUUAAACAGCGUGAGGAAGCAGAGAGGAGCUGCAGUAAGAUUACUGCUCCCUCGCACGCCGCCUUCCAUGCUCUUUAAAAGAGUGACAUCCCAGCAGCCAGGGCGAAAUUUCUGGCGCCUGGGAUUUGUCGAGCACUGGAUUACGAGGUGUUAAUAAGGGGGACCACAGACUCUGUUCGGUAACUGAACAGAAGGGGAACAAUUCCAUUAGAAAGUCAUACCCUUGACUUAUCCAUGAGUCAUAGCAUAUUUCAUAAUUGUUGGUCAAAAAACUGCUCUCGACUUAUACACGAGAUCGAGUUAUAUGACCACAAGAAAUUUACAAAAAAAUAAAAAAUUGCUUUAUAUUUACAUGUUCUGUAAUUUUACUUUAGCUUGGAAGCAACAAAUAAUUACCUUCAUUUUAGCCAAUCCUUGCUCUUCCACAUAAACAUGGGAUUAGCAUAGUGCACACUAAGUUUCAAUGCACUUAGACAUGUCACACUAGUGUCACAACCACUUUCUGUGACAUCAGUGCAAGCACUCACACCUUUGUUGCUUAUACACGUACUUUGGUAAUUGGAAGCAAAAGCUACAGAAGGAUCUAAAUUAUGCAGUUUAUACUUGCGCAAAUGUAAAGGUUUUGCAUAUUACAGCAAAGUACAAAUUAUUGGCUUAAAGGGACACUCCAUUGCCCAAAUAAAAAAAAUUAAAAUCAGAAUUUUGUAGAGAUUCUUCCAGUAAUUAGUUUGGGCUUUUUUUUAUUGGGGGGAUAUAUCUAAAAACUGUUUGAAAAAGCUGCAGAUCUCUUGUAUUUGCAUGCCUGUCCAAUCACAGACUUCUUAAUGUAGCUCAAAAAGAAUUAUUUGCAAGACAGGUGUUCUGGGCAAGUGCCUGCUUCUUGAGUUUAGCUCCACUAAGCUAACCAAACCAGGAAGUAACAGGACCGGUUGCCUGAUUGACAGCGAGGGGGGUGUAACCACAUAAAAUCAGCACUGUCACCCUCUCCCGAAAAAUUAAUCUUUAUGACAUAUUUAUUUUUACUGUGUUUUGGAUUUCAAAAAAAUUCCAAGCAGUCGAGAUAUAGAGAGACAAAGUAGGGUGCAUCCUCCAUAGACAUCAGCAGUGAUGUCGGCUCCUGGUGCUGAAGAGAACCGGCUGGAAAAAGAUGGCCACACCCAUGAGGGACAGGUUCAGGUAAGUAAAUCUCACCUUAACCUGACCAUUCCCCCCAGCAGCGAUGUCACAGCGAUGUAACAUAGCAGUCUUAUAUUGGUUCACACUCAUUUAAUUUAAAGACUUUGCAUAUGAUAUGUAAUGUCAGUUUUUUGCAAAAGUACUAUUUGUACUGUUGUGCUGCUUUGACAGUGAAAAUGUUACAUCUGAGUGAUAUUUGAAUACAUCAUGCUGUUAUUUGGCUAAUGUUGCAUUACGCCAGGUUUGAGCGCUUGGACAUAUCAAAUCUUAAUUACACACUAAUUACACAAUAGCUAUGACCAAAUCAUUUGUCACUUCCUUUAGGUUAGCUAUGAAAUUAGUUGUUAAUUUAAAUGAAAAGAUUGGGAUUAAAAUUUAUAACUACACCAAAAUAUUUAUGGGCCAAAAGACAGUUUUGCUUUUGUUUCUAAGAGUAAUAAAAAAAAUGGUAGUUAAAAUUAGCAAACUUGUUACUUUACUGACCGUAUGAAAAUUUGUGUUUUUAAUUGUAAAUGCCUAUUAAAGGAGAACUGUCAUUUCUCUAUAUCUGAACUGGAGAAUCAUCGUCCAGUUCAGAGAAUACAAAGCCAUUGCAGAUGAGGAAAAAAAAAUUAAAUAAAAAAUAGAAAUGAUUACAAACUAUUCUAAAAAAAAAAAAAAACUUUUCAAAAAAAUGUAUCUAGAAAAAUGCCAAUAGAUUUUUAAUGGUGACUUGUGUAGAUAAAUCAUUUUAAAAAUCAUAUCCAGAAUAUUAAAUAUUAGGCCAUUGUUCUCCUCUUAUGGUUUCUCUACACUGACUGCCUUAUGCAAAGAACAGAGUUUCUAACAAUGAUUGACAGGCAGCUAACAUGGAGGCACUCAGCGGAUGGAUAAAAGGUGUGUAUUUUAACAUUUCAUUUUAUUUUUACACCUCAACGAGCUCUGUAGUUGUUAUAGGGCCAGGAGUGACCUGGCACCGACACUACUAUAAGAAGACACAACUUUUACAAUAGAGUGGGGGGCAUCAGUGCUCUUCUGGCAACAUAAUAAUUACAGCGCACUAUAGUGGUUAUGGUGAUCAGACUGUUCCUUUAACAACAUCCGUUAAUUUCCCAGAAGGGAUGAAAAUGUGUAUAUCAGUACUCUCCAUGCAGCUAUAAUGUAAGUAUUUCCUUCUCUCUGGCAGACUAAUGCCUGGAGGUAUGAACAUGCUAUAAUGCUUUCUCUCACCUGAUUACAGCUUGGCAUUUUGCUGCUCUGAUGUGUUUAACCAGUAAAACUUGCUCAAGUGACUGACUCAGCUUGUGAUAUAUUGGGUGUACUCUAUUCUUAGACAUUCCAACUCUGACGUGUGAAUCAGAUUGGCCAAUAUUGGUGCUGCUUGGAAAUGUACCGUUGUCACUCUCUAAUUUAAAGAAAUAGCUGAAGGAGAAUGUUUAAUUUAAAAAGCAUGUCUAAAUGAUGUGAAUUUCCCUUUAAAAACAGUUCCUGGGCAAUUUUGAUAAAUGGGAAGAAAUGUAGCUAGAAAUUAAUCUAGAUUUACUGCAUUUAAUGAAAUCCUAGUAAUGUUCAGUUCUAAACGUCUUUACAUAUCUUUCCGUAUCACCCUCCCUUAGUCCCAGAUCCCCAUCAGUACGGUUACGACCGGGCUUUUUCCUCUCCCAAGAUGCUACUCUUUAAUACAAAUUCAAAGUGAUUCUGGGUAUAAGACCCAACUAGAUCAGUUCUCUUCAGCAAUAAACACUCUUUUCUUUAACACCACCUUCCAUUCUCUGUAGGUCCUGACUUCAUGCUUAUCAACCCCUUUACUUUGUAUUCUAUACUUAUUGUCUUCUAGUUCCUCCUCAUUCAAUACAUAGUGAUUGUAAAACAUUGCUUCUAGAUUCUAUUUUCAUUACACUUACUCUGAACUAAUCUGUAUGAAAUACUCACAUUGGAAUUUAACUGCAAUAGGGACUACUUUGUUUCAGUAUUUUUCCUAUGCUUGACAAAAGGGGAGGUUUUUGUUUUUUUUGACAAGCUUGUCAUUUCCUCAAGUCGUCACCAGUAAUGGCUGUAGGGGAAAAAAGCUCUUAAUAGAGAAUCCUUCAGUCUCACAGUAUCUUCCAUAGCUCUCAUUCCCUCGUCUGCGCAAGCUGAAGAGGACUAGGCGAAAGAGGAUAGCAGCAGCCAUAAGGGACAGAUUCAGGAAGCGAUGAUGCCAUAAAUGGGCUGUGCAAUAUAUGACCCCAAAUGGUGACAGAGCCACUUUAAAUAUGGGACUAAGGAAAGAGUUUGUUUAGGUUUUGUGACUGGUUAAGUUUAGGGUAAGGGAGAAUGGGUGUUGAGGACAUGUGACGUUUGGUUAUUUGGAAAAUACUCAGUCUGCCAUGAUUUUUUUAGUCUAGUCAGCCUCCUAUGACUGAUAACAGAGAUGCAGUAGGUGUUAAACAGUGUGCAUCACUCAAUGCUAACCAUGCUCCUCCUCUAAGCAUUUCCUGUGUGGGGAGGCUGUCAGUGGGCAGAUGGGAAGUGAUCCCUUUCACUUCCUGUCCAGCCUCACACACACUAGAGGAGCUUGGGCAGCACUGAGUUUUACACCCUUUAUGACUGCCCCUGCUGGUCUGCUAUCAAACUUAGGAGGCUGACUGGGCUAUGGGGGACACUGGCCAAGGCUCCUGGUACUGAGCUCUCCUCACCAGCCCACCUAAGAUCCAAAAAUGCACAUAUAUAAGUGCUGAAAAUAGGGGCCUUUAAGCAGGUGCUUACUUUGCUUAACGGGAAAUCCAUCCCUGAUUUUUUUUUAUUUUUUUUUUGCAGUACUCAUUGCAUAGGCAUAAUUGUGCAUACAAUACUGUAACUUCAUAAUAAUUGUAUUUUCUGCCCACAAUUUCCCCUCUGGAUAGUAAGCUCUUGGGCAGUUUCUCUUCUCCCUUUGUUUCCGUGUCUAAAUCUAGUCAUCACCUAUUUGUAUAGUUACCAAUAUUAUUCUUUGGAUAAGAGCGCUGUAUAUGAACUGUUAAAUAUUUAGCAGAGGAUUCACUUUGUAAAUGUUGACUUUAAAAGGUUGCCUUCACUUAGAGAGACAUUAUAGUGUACAGUCCAUAGUGUAUUCCUUCUUAUGAGGAGGACCUAAAUCACAAUUUUAUAUAAAUGAAGCAAUUCAAAGCAAAAUCUAAUUAUUCAUGUGCACAAACUAGCUAACACACACUUUACUACAGCUUGAAAACAUAUUAUAGUCAAUAUUAUGGCUGCGGUAGUCAAUGAUUUACUCAGAAAUCAAAAUAAACAAAUAUUCUGAACUUCUAGAGGAUAGGAACAUUAGGCUAAGGAAAUUGUGACAGAGGGGUUUGUCUCUUCUAUAGAGGAGCUCACGAAAGUUAGGGGGCAGUUUUUUUUUUUUGUUUUUUUUUUUAAAUGACACAAUGUGAAUGAGUUUUUCGUAUUCAAAAUGUCACCCCUCUGUUUGGUCACUUGAUGCCCAACUGUACUAUGUAAGGCACUCACUAAGCCUGGAUUUUACUGCAGACAAUGUUUGUACGGCAUGUAUAAUAAAUACACAACAGAAAACUCUUGUUUUUUGAGGCUGUAAAUUACUCAUAUUGCUCACGUGGGGCUCAGGAACUCCGCUAAUCCUUUCAGCCUCUUGAGAUUUUAAGCAAGGGUAGCUCAACUGGUGACUCGGUAAUUCAAUACAAUUUUAUUGCACAGUGUUACUUCAAAAUCACCAGUUUAAUGCAAGAACUAGCAUGUGUACGAAAAAUAUAAAUGUAUAUUGUAAAUAUUCCAUUUAUUACCCAAGCAACCACUGGGCUACUUGCCAAUGCUGUACAAUAAUCCUUGUUUGGUUACAUGCUUGUAAUGAUGAAUCACUAGUAACUGAAUCAACGCACUAUACCUCCACCUAGACUGCAAACAGUCAUACAGAUGUUGGUGAAGGUAUUCCUGAUGUAUGAUCGCUGUCAGGCUGGUCAUAAGAGCUACACCUGUUUGAAGAAGAUUAAGAACAUGUUCCCUCCCACAUUCCGCACGAUCCCAUUUCAGCCUGACAUUCUCACUUCUUUGUACCUGUACCGAAUACAGCUCUAAGUCAUUAAUGAACCCUGCUGACCAGCAGUUCUGAUCUAAAUUUCCAAUUAGUAAUAGUUUAGGUUAAGAACAUAUUCUUAUAUUGUUGUGUAUAUUUUUAUAUACUUUAUUUUGAAAAUAAUCUACCUCUUUUUAUUUACAUGACCAGUCUAUUGACAUUUUUCUUCCCACAUAAUUAUGUAUAUGGUGCAUGUUUACACAGCAGGCGUUUGCUGUAAAUCCAUAAAUGGUAGUUGUAUAGCUGCCAUAUGUUUACUGUACCUAAGAUCAGUGACGUACCUACCACGGUUUCAGGGGUCACUCCAGGGGGCCUGGCUGCAGCUGCCACCCCUGCGACCGUGGCACGCCAGCAUACCUUUAGGGCAGGUGCAUUGCCCCACCGCCCUGGGGCUACGGUCAUCUGGUUUAUGGCAGUAGGGGUGCGCUUUACUGUGCUCCUCCCCUCUUGCAUCCUGCCGAUGUGUGUACCAAGCAUACCACCUCUGACAGGAUCUGCUCACUGAGAGAGCAUUCAGUACUGCGCUCUGGUUGAAAAGGAACAGAAGGGGAUGCGGCAGGGGGAGAGGGAGUGAGACACAUGGAUGGGCUGGGGGGAGGGAAUGAGACACAUGGAUGGACUGGGGUGGAGGGAAUGAGACACAUGGAUGGACUGGGGUGGAGGGAAUGAGACACAUGGAUGGACUGGGGUGGAGGGAAUGAGACACAUGGAUGGACUGGGGGUGGAGGGAAUGAGACACAUGGAUGGACUGGGGUGGGAGGGAAUGAGACACAUGGAUGGUCUGGGGUGAAGGGAAUGAGACACAUGGAUGGUCUGGGGUGAAGGAAUGAGACACAUGGAUGGUCUGGGGGAGGGAAUGAGACACAUGGAUGGUCUGGGGAGAGGGAAUGGAGACACAUGGAUGGUCUGGGGAGAGGGAAUGGAAUGAGACACAUGGUGGUCUGGGGAAAGGGAAUGAGACACAUGGAUGGUCUGGGGGAGGGAAUGAGACACAUGGAUGGUCUGGGAGAGGAAUGAGACACAUGGAUGGUCUGGGUGAAGGGAAUGAGACACAUGGAUGGUCUGGGGAAGGGAGAGACACAUGGAUGGUCCAACAAACACAUGGAUGGGCUGGGGGGAGAGGGAAUGAGACAUAUGGAGGGGUGAGGGGAGAGGGAAUGAGACAUAUGGAGGGGUGAGGGGCUGAGACACAUGGAGGGGCUGGGGGGCAGGAAUGAGGAGCUGGCAGGAAAGGAAACAUGGGGGGUGAGGGGCAGGGCAAUUUUUGCACUGGUGGUUUUUAGUUAUGCCUCUGCCUAUGAUGUAUUAAAGAAAUCCAGAUGUGACAUCACUGGCCAAAUGUUGUUUAUAGAGUAAUCAACAAUGGUCUGGGGUGGAGGGAAUGAGACACAUGGAUGGUCUGGGGUGGAGGGAAUGAGACACAUGGAUGGUCUGGGGUGGAGGGAAUGAGACACAUGGAUGGUCUGGGGUGGAGGGAAUGAGACACUGGGAUGGGCUGGGGUGGAGGGAAUGAGACACUGGGAUGGGCUGGGGUGGAGGGAAUGAGACACUGGGAUGGGCUGGGGUGGAGGGAAUGAGACACAUGGAUGGGCUGGGGUGGAGGGAAUGAGACACAUGGAUGGGCUGGGGUGGAGGGAAUGAGACACAUGGAUGGGCUGGGGUGGAGGGAAUGAGACACAUGGAUGGGCUGGGGUGGAGGGAAUGAGACACAUGGAUGGUCUGGGGUGGAGGGAAUGAGACACAUGGAUGGUCUGGGGUGGAGGGAAUGAGACACAUGGAUGGUCUGGGGUGGAGGGAAUGAGACACAUGGAUGGUCUGGGGUGAGGAAUGAGACACAUGGAUGGUCUGGGAGAGGAAUGGUCUGGGGAGACUGGGAUGGUCUGGGGGGAGAGGGAAUGAGACACAUGGAUGGUCUGGGGGGAGAGGGAAUGAGACACAUGGAUGGUCUGGGGGGAGAGGGAAUGAGACACAUGGAUGGUCUGGGGGGAGAGGGAAUGAGACACAUGGAUGGGCUAGGGGGAGAGGGAAUCAGACAUAUGGAGGGGUGAGGGGCUGAGACACAUGGAGGGGCUGGGGGGCAGGAAUGAGGAGCUGGCAGGAAAGGAAACAUGGGGGGUGAGGGGCAGGGCAAUUUUUGCACUGGUGGUUUUUAGUUAUGCCUCUGCCUAUGAUGUAUUAAAGAAAUCCAGAUGUGACAUCACUGGCCAAAUGUUGUUUAUAGAGUAAUCAACAAUGGAUUUGUGAUGCCCACCUCCAACUUACCUUUUAUUAUGCAUACAUAAAUGUUUUGUCCUCUAAAGUCCCUCCCCGUUCUGCUCUAUGCAGUCAAUUGCAGUUGGCAGUGAUCGACCAAAUGUCCAUCAGUAGCCUUCUAGCUCACAACGUGCUUAGACCAGUUAUGAAUGUUACCAGAUUUAGGGUAUGAUGAUUAGUGGUUUAAGAUCCUGUGGAAUCUCAUGUGUUUUUCUUUGUGUUAACAUAAUUUGAUAAUCAGGACUAUCAACAAAUCAAUCAAUCUUAGUUACCGGUGUCCAUGUCUUAGUGUCUUUUUCACCUUCAUGUCUUUCUAAUGUAGCAUCCCUGUUCCGCAUUGCUCAUGUACCUACCAUUUCACCUAUAGCUCUGUUUAUAUCAUGAAUUCUUAAACAGCAGUAAGUAUGUUUGUUCAAGCAGUAACUCCCCUGGCUAAUUUUUUAUUUUAAUUAUCAAUUUAAAUUUAAUUAUGUUCAGUAGACAUCUCUCAGUUCAUCUACAAAUUAUGUUAAAGAUUUUACCAGCCUCCACUGAGUUAUACAAUUAAAAAUGACCGUUGAGAGGGCUAUUUUGAUGUAAAAUAUUGCCUUUCUGUGCUCCUUGUUUAGAAAAAAAUGGAAUCCGAGUGCCUUGAUGAUAAUUUUAUUGGAUAUCAUUUGAGAUCUUCACAAGGUGUACAUGUUUGGUAGGUGCCCAUUGCAUGCAGGACAUUUUUUCAGCUUGCACCCAGGUUACGAAUUCUGAUAUUUGUGUGAAUGUCCAUCUACAUAUAUCUUUCUUCUUUGUAGUGAUACCAGAGAUCUUCUGUUCACCUUAUAUCAGAAUAUCCAUGGAGUGUCUGUCCCAGGUCUUCUUGAACAGUAUGAGAAGCUGAUUAAUAACAUGUCACAUGACUUCCGGGCUCAGAGGCUGAACAUUGAGAAGCUGGAAGCCAUCCUCAAAAGGUUUGUGUAAUGAAUGGUGAAAUUAUCAGGUUAUCUCAUGGGUUUAGAUGAAGAUUGUAGUUUCAAUCCUUUUACUCUUCUCAUGGAGUAACUAUGGCAACUCAAGUGGACAUGCAGAGACUGGAGAGAGAGACUUAAAACUAGAUAGUAUUGCAGACUAGACACACUGAACUCCUGUCAUUGAAACCUUGUCAACUACACGGCAUGGGGCAGAAGAAAACUGGCCGAGGGACACAUUUUCUUUGAACUUUUAAGCUAAGGCUAGACGGUUUACUCCAGCAGGAAUUGAUCAUUACAUUUACAGUUUUGGGUUUUUAACAUUUUUCUCAUGCAUUUUAAUUUAGAAAAAAUUCUUUUUAACUGUUAAGUAAUUGCUCUGAGAUAUAAACAAUAUGAGUCCUCUUUAUAACUUUGAGCAUUUUAACUUUAAACGAGUAUUUAAUUUGAAUAAUGGUUUGGAUUAUAUAAAGUCACAUUUUGGCUGAGAAUUGACCCCUAUAAAAAAAAAAUAGUAAAAAAAAAUUCACUUAUAAUUAGAAAGAAAAAAGAAGUCCACAAAAUUGAUACUUGCAUCUCGAUGUCCCUAGUUUGAUGCGGGAAGAUGACUCAAAAUUGCAGAAAAAAAGGGGAACACGUGCAGAAUGUACCAAAGACUAGAAGAAAGGAUGAGUCAGAUCAGGGGAGGUCAGAAAUGUGCUGUAAAGAAGUAGGGAGGUAAUGUUUGAUUAAAGAAUGUGCUUGUGGUGGAGAAAACGAGCUACAUGCUGUUGUGUGGUGGAUUGCAUAUAGAAGUGAAGUAUGGAUGUAUCAAGAUGCAAGUUUGCUAGACUUGUCCCUUUUCGAUUUGCUCUGUUACAUCGGUGCAAUUGUCUUAUAAUUUCCAUCUGUAUAUUCCCUGCAGAACUGAGGAGAACACUGCCUUACAAAUGGCUGAGUUAGAGGAAGACUUGCAUGUUCACUUAAACAAGGUGGAAUAUAAAAUACGGGAAGAGGUAUGAGAAAUUGCCCCCUCUCUUUUAAUAAGUACUCUACCCAGUACAGGUUUAUAACUGAUAUCGUCAUUAUUCCACAUCUUAAUGUAUACAAGAAGCCCAAAUGGCUGUGAAUGGAUAAUGAUAGGAACCGUGAGUUUCUACGUAAUGUUUCCCUCAAUCUUGGUGGUUGCCAAAUUAGCUUGUUAGCUACAGAUUCUUAAUUCAUACCUGUAAAUUAUUUGACUGGGUUAAGUAGACAAUGUCUGUGGGAGGGCAAUGGAAUUUGGGCACCAAACAUUUUGCUGAAAAAAAGUACAUUUUCAGGGACAACUUCAUGCACCACAACUGUUACAACAGGUGCUUGGAUCUGUAGCUAAAAGCUAUGGAUUCUAAACGUAAACCAAGAAUUGCCUGAAGGAGUACAUCUUUAAGAUUACCAAUUGUUCUCGACUGUGUUAAAUAUUUUUUGAUAUGGUUGGUGAGACAGACAGACCAUUUUAUGUAUUUGAAACAUUAUAUAAUUCAAUGUUUUUUGUCCUGGUAUUCAGUGUACAGAUUUGUAUUGCAUAAUUAUAUACAGUUCAACACUGAAGCUGGUUCACAGAAACCAUCAGUAGUGUUAUGUUUCCCUUUUUUUAUGUCUCUCUUGUUUUAAACAUCCAAUGCAUUAUGCUAUUUAAUUUUGGUCUUACAAAUAUUAUUAUUAUUAUUAUAUCAACCUGUCUUCAUGCAAUUAUAAUGAGAAUUCUUUGCACCAGAGUUUGUAAUAUAAAAUAUGUGCAGGAAAUGUAGCUGCGGAUGCUAAACUAAGCUAAUUCAAUUAAAACCUCUUUUUGUAUACCUAUGUAGGUAUAUAGCCUGUCUGGAUCAUGUCUAUAGAUUAUAUUUCUUUCUAAACAUCUUCCCCAUAUUACAGGAGCAGCAUAGGCUUGAAAUUGCCCUCCAGGAGCUGCAAAUGAGGCACGAGCACGAAAUAAUGGACCUGCAAGCAACGGUCAGCAGACUGGCUAAGGUAAUCUAUGAAUGAAUCUCUAAAUUAGUUAACGGCAGUAAUAUGAUGGAAUGUUCCAUUUGGAUAUACAACACUUUUCUAUAUCACAGAGGCUUUAUACUCCAGUCUUUCAAAAUGGACAAUGUUUUUAAAAAUUAAUGCUGACUUCCAUGUUUAGGAGUAUCACGUCUCUCCAUUUUUCAGUUUUAUAUAAAUAUACCAUGGUACAAUAGUGUAAAUUUUAUAAAACAUAUAUCCUCAAAGAUCCAGGAAGUAAGUGAUGAGAUAGCUGAGUGGUUUGUACUCCAACUGUCAUAUCUCGGGGGGCAGGUGAAGUCAGUUUUUUUGUCUGGCCAAGUUUGGUUAAAUCCGUACAAUUGAGUGGAAUGUGUAUCAGAACAUGCGUGAUGUUUGCAUAGUCGUCCUUUUAGCAAAUGCAAUACACAUACCCCAAAAAGACUUUGACACCACAUAUUUUGGGAAAAUUUAUCACUGCUUUCAUAAAUAAAGAUUAUCAAGUAAAACAAGAUCAUUUUAAAACCUAGCUCACAUUUUGACAUAUCAAUGCCUUUAACAAUUAUUAUUAUUAUUAUUAUUAUUUAUUUUAUUAUUUAUAUAGCGCCAACAAAUUCCGUAGCGCUGUACAAUGGGUGGACUAACAGACACAUAAUUGAGAUCAGACCACUAACGAACAGGAACAGAGGGGGUUGAGGACCCUGCUCGAUGAGCUUACAUGCUAGAGGGAGUGGGGUAUAGUAACACAAAGGGUUAAAGUAGGGGAAUUAAAUAGUUUGUUACAGAAGGGUUUAUGGAGUGCUUGGUAGGUCAUUUUUUGACAGGUGCAGGAACGGCGUCAUGGGGUGGGGGAUGAGAAACCUGCUGACAGUUUAAUUGAUACGCUUUAAUGAAGAAGUGAGUUUUCAAAGAUUUUUUGAAGGAGUGGAGGCUGGCUGAAAGUCUGAUUGAGGAGGGAAGGGAGUUCCACAGAAUAGGUGCAGCCCUGGAGAAGUCUUGAAGGCGAGCAUCAGAGGUGGGGAUCCGGGCAGAGGAUAGGCGUAGGUCUUGGGCUGAGCGCAGGGGUCUCGACGGGACAUACUUGUGUAUGACCCACUUUAACAAUAAAUUGAUACCACAUUCUAAACCAUAUAUAUAACAUAUACACAUAAACCACUAACACAGAGGGCAUAAUUUUCCACGUUUCACAUACCGAGAUACGCCUACACAGCACAGGUUCGGAGCAACCAACAAGCUCGAACCUACCAAUACCAUUCCAAAAACCUAACUUACCGAACUAAAACUAUCCCACAUAUGAAAAAUUACCUACCCCCAAGUUUUCCAUCUAGUCCCCGCCGCUGUUACCAAACUGGAGACCAAACCAAAAGGUCAACAACAGGUAAGUGAGGAUUAAAUUAAGAUGGUCCCUUAUCUAAAAUGCUGCCUUUAUAUAGCCCUAUGACAAACCCCACCCCACCGCACUCAUACCCAAACACCAACACUGCCAACAUUCUAUGCCUGCCUCCUAGCAAUGUCAAGGCCCAUUUCCCUUAGCUAGUGGCAGACCUACCGCGGUUGCAGGGGUCGCAGCUGUGACCAGGCCCGUCACUCCAGGGGCCACCCGAUCGAAAGAUGUCUUCAGGGGCCCGGUUAGCGCUGCGGCACUUUAACAGUGCGACCAAGCACCCUGUGAUGAGGUCAGAGUGCCAGCAAUCCCCGAGAUCAACAAGAGAGUAGGAGAAGGAGAGGAGGGAGUCAGAGCGGGAACUCUGACUCACAUCAGCCUGAGCCAGCCACUGAACCCCAGGGAAGCCACACUCCUGCAUCUAAAAGGUAGGAAAGCGGAGGUUGACUAAACAUGUUGUCUGUGUGUGUGUGAGCGUGUGUCUGUGUGUGCCUUAUGUAUCUAUAUGUUUGUCAUUAAGUGCCUGUGUAUCUGUCUGUAUGUGUGUCUGUGUAACUGCAUAUGUGUCAGUGUGUGUCUGUGUAUCUGUAUGUAUGUCAAUGUUUGAAUCUAGGAGUUUCAUUCUGUGUUACUGCAUGUGUGUCAUUCUGUGUGUCUGUGUGUGUGUGUGUGUAUGUAUAUGUAUGUAUGUAUGUGUGUAUAUAUAUAUAUAUAUAUAUAUAUAUAUAUAUAUAUAUAUAUAUAUAUAUAUAUAUAUAUAUAUAUAUAUAUACAUAUAUAUAUAUAUAUAUAGUGUGUGUCUAUGUGUCUGCGUAUUUGCAUGUGUGUCAGUGUGUGUAUCUGUGUGUCUGUAUCUGUAUGUGUUUUAGCAUAUGUGUUAUAUGGUGUGUCUGCAUGUGUGUCAGUGCGUGUUUGUAUAUCUGCAUGUGUGUCAGUGUAUGCACCUGUGUGUCUGUGUAAACUUAACAGCCCACAUACACUGUCACCCCUUUUCACCUUGCCACACUCACAAUAACUACCCAAAUCCCGUCAUACUCACCUCCCAUCGCUCUGCCUUUAUUUAACCAAUCACAUUCACUUUUUCUCGCACUGUCAUACUUACACAAUUUUCGCACUGGGGCUCCGUGGUUUUGUAGUUACGCCUCUGCCCUUAGCUAUGCCACUCCAUGGGCUAUAUACAGACUGGGAAAGGCUAAAAGCUUCAAGGUUAAACACUUUGAUACUAUUUCACCUUUGUCAAUAAGCAGCUUCUGAUAUUUCUAUAUCAAAUUAAAUCUGGUCAAUUCCAACCUAAUCAAUCAUUUUAGACGGACAUUAUCAAUCUUAUGAUUAGCAUCACUUAUUUAUGAAACAAUGUGCAACGAGACAAUAUUAGCAGUUCUGAAAUUAAAUCAACAGAAAGCUCUGCUUGAUAGAGUUUAUACUUUGAUAGAGGCCAAGGUAUCACGUCCAUUAAACAACUAUUACAGAAUAGUUUCUUUGAUCCUUUUUUGGCUAACCCUGGCUCAAAGGGUUCGUUGUGCUCACCUAGAUGCUGGGGAGGGGUAUUUUGGGGGCUGGGGAUCAUUUUUUUUAUUAUUCAUUUGUUUGUUUUUGUUGUUUUGCUUUAAAGUAUUGGUUUCCUCACAACUGUGGAAGUUAAUUAUAGUAGGAAAUUUGCUUUCUCACUAUUUACUAUGAAGGCAUCAAGACAAAAUUAGAAAAAAUACAAUGUUUUCCGUGUGACUAAAUAUGAAGCAGAUGCAGUGACCUGUUAACUGUCAGGAAUGACAAUAAAAACAACUCUUGUUUAUUCUUCUUUACAACCCUGAUACCAUUGCUUUACACCCACCUUUUAUGAACCAUUGUACUCACAUUUAACCCUGUUUUGUUGUGGGAAAACAAUUUUAUCACACCUGCACAUUCCAACAUUCACAUAAAACACACAUUCACCACAAGGAAAACCCUGGGCGAUCUAGGGAGAGGUAAAUGAUUAAUGACCUGUGCAUUACCUUGGUGUGAGCCCGGGAGUGCGGUGGUGAUGGUUUAUCCUGUUGAGUCCUUAUUGAAGUGAAUUAAAAUAUUAAGGGGUUCCUACAAUUGAGACCCGAAGAGACCUAUUCAUAGGGUUAUGAUUAGGUACUGGGUUGCAUAGGUCAUCUGCAGUCAAGCAAUAAAAUGUGCAAUAACAUGGUACAGCAUCAGUUUUUACUACACCUUCUCAUGUCCAUUGAGGCACACUAAGAAGGUCUGUAGCUCCAAAAUAGCUACUGUUACUGUUUCCUAAAACUGAAACCUUUUGUUAGUUAGAAAUAAAAUAAUAAAAUUCCCACAUGUGCAAAUCAUUUUAUUGUUUUUACAUUGUAGGCAGACAUUUAGUGGAUCUCAUAUGUCUGUAACAAAGGUAUAAUAAAGAUAUUUAAAAUUCUGCUAGCCAAAUCAUAAGUGGGCUCAUGAUGUCAGUAGUGCAUUGUCAGUAAAUAUCAAAGAUACAAUGCUAUACUUUUUAUAACUUAUUCUGUGUACGUCCAUCGAAAGGCAUUAUUUCUCAUUUUUAAAAUUAAAGUUCAAUAGGUUCAAGUGGAUGUUCCUGCAAAUUUAUACAAGGAAAUAGUUUGGUUGAAGAGUCUUAGCAUUGCAUUCAUGGUGUGUUUUUUCUACAAUAAAUGAUAUCCUUUUUCUUUUUUUGGAAUACAGGUAUUAUUAUUUUAUUUAUCAGAUUCCGUAACGCUGUACAAUCGGAAGUAUGGUAUCGCAGUUUGUGUAGUUGGAGCACAGAUAGCCUGGAGUGGCUCCUUUUUGGGUUUUUAUUAUUUCUCUGCGUAAAUAAACCAUAUUCUUAAUUUAUAGGGAUAGAAAACAAGCGCAAAAAAGUAUAGGGGUUCACGUAAAUUAAACCUACUAUACUUCCGGGAGAUAUGAAUAGUAGUUGCAUGUAAUAUUUGUGUUGAAUAAUGAGCCUGUACCCAAGUAAGUAUUCUUUGAGAAUCUGCAGUAAAGUGCUAUAAAGUGAAUACAGAAACACUCCUAUGUCCAAGUAAAAGUAUCUAAAACAGAGUUACAUAAAAAAUUACUGGUAAAGAGCUAAUAAAAAGAGCUUUAUUAACUAUGGCUCUAUAUGCAAACUCAAACCAGAAAGGUUUAAUGGUGGUGAGUGCUACGAAAGAAAGAAGGAUAGGCAAUCACUUAAAAGUUCUCACCACAGGCAUUCAUACUUUCAUUUGCAUAUUUAGUUUAUCUCUGAACUUUUAUGGGAUUGCCUAACCUUCUACCUUUCUUAGCACUCACCACCAUUACCAUUUUCUGGUUUGAACCCCAUAUACUUUUUUGUGUUUGUUUUCUAAUACUACCUAGGGUUAUGUCAUGAGAGACCCCAGGAGUCUCUCACUGGUGCCAAGGAUAAUUGGAAUCACUUGGACACAACUACUUAGUAUUGUGUAAUACGUUGUUUCCAUUUAUUAUCCUAUUUCUGUGUAUAUCUUUAAUUUAUAGGAAGCAUAAAGCAAUCAAAAAAACCCUAAAAGGACAGGAUUCUGUGAAUUCAUGCCCACUAUUUGCAUAUCUACUGUGUUUUAUCCAAUAUAUUUUCUUGUCAUUAUUGUUGGAAUGCUUGAAAAGUUAUACAAUGUGUUGUUUCUAUUAUUUUUGGAAGCAUGAAGAACAGAGAAAGAUCCUGGAAUCCAGGGAAGAAAGCACCAGGCUGAAAAACCAAAUCUUUGACCUGUCACAGGUACACAUUGUUCUCUUGUGAUUUAAUAGUGUUCACAGGGAUGGGUUUCACAUAAAUGGAGAUAAGAAAGUACCUAAAGUCCCUUUACAGCGAUAGACACCCAUUAUAAGUUCAAUUUUAAAGGAACAAUUACCUCGACGCUUACAAAUGUUAAAGAUUGAUACAUACUUACUGGAAACUGCCCGUUGAUGAUUUUUUUUUUUUUUUUAAAUACACACAUGUAUUAUAACCUGUGUGUCUAAUUUUGUAAUACAUACACCUAAAAUACCACUUUUUACUGCGUCUUAUACUCUAUACACCUUUCUCCGUGGAACAGGCAUCAUUAAUUUAUCUUUGGUCAAAAGUAUUGAUUAUCCAAUCACAGACCAUGCAGUUAUUCAAGAGCUAGUUGCUGUUCACAAAUGUAGUCCCUGUAUCUGCUUUAUCUCAUUAAACCAGCUAUAGUGUCUGGAGUGCCCUCAUUUCAUUCAGCAUUAAAAAGUUAUUUUUAUUUUAUUAUGUUUUAAUGAUAAAUGAGAGUCCCCAGCGCUGCUUUUGCUAAUGAUGAAUUGGCCUAAGCAGCAGUGGACAGCUGUGAUUGGCUAAAAGCAGUCAGCUUACAUGCAGGGCCGUACUGGGAAUUAAAAGCAGCCCUGGAAAAAAAAUAUUUACCAGCCCUAUAAUGCGUCGCGCCAGCAUAGUGUGCAGAUACAGAGUUAGAACAGAUAACUUAAAAUUAAAAAGUACUUCAACGUAAAAAGCGCACUCAUAGACUUCAAAAUAAACAAAAGUGCAGAUUUAUUUUAAGCAGACGUGCCUUUGCAUGUAAUCAAUAUUUCAGUCCAACUACGUUGACAUAUUAAGGAAAGCUUGUUAAUGGGACUGAAAUGGUGAAUGUAUGUAGGGCACAACUGUAAAAAAAAUUUAUUUUGAAGUCUUGUGCGUGUGCUCUUCACUUUAAAUAUGUUAUUGUGCUGGAGUAUGCACCUAGCAACAAGACUGGGCCAAUAUCUGCUCAUUACAUAUGGUACAUAUUAAUGAAAUUUCUCUGUGUAUUAUGCAUAUAUAAAUGUACAUUAAUAUAUAUAGAUAGAUAUGUAUAUCUGUAUGACAUGUAUAUUAGAUAUACACAUUAAUAUACAUGUCAUAUACCAGUGACGGAUCAAGAGCCUGAGCCCGGGAGGGGCACUUGUAGAUUAUUUAAAGAAAUAUUCGAUGCACAAUAACCACUACUCCUCUGUGUAGUGGUUAUGGUGCCAGGAGUGUCGGCACCCCCUCCCAGAGUAUGUAGUCAAACCGUUUAAGAACAGUUUGACAACUUACCUGGAGUCUGCUGGGAUAUGGGGCUGUAGUAGGGUAUAGGAGCAGUGGUGCAAUGUGUGUGAAAGGUUCAGUGUGGGGGGGCAGUGUGUGAAUGUGUAUGGUGUGUGUGUGUGUGGGGGCAGUGUGUGAAUGUGUAUGGUGUGUGUGUGGGCAGUGUGUGUAUGGGGCUAGAGUUCACUCCUACUACUGCGACCACCAGGAAGUGGUGAGAGUGAACUCUAGCCCGUAGCUCCAGGGCUAGAGUUCACCCUCGUGAGAGCCGAAGCGUUGCCCCGGGUCCUCUCUUUCUCCCCCUCACUGCUCCUCUGUAUCAAUGUCUCCCCUCUCCUUCCCAGUCUCUCUCUUCCCCCUCUGCCUCUUUCUUCCCCUCCCCUUGUGUAUCUCUCUCAUUUCUCCCUUUGUCUCUCUCUUCCCCCUCUGCCUCUUUCACCCCCUUUCCCUGUGUCUCUCCCUCCUCCCCUUCUCUCUCCCUCCCCCCUUUCCCUGUGUCUCUCCCUCCAACCCAUCUCUCCCCCCCUUUCCCUGUGUCUCUACCACCAACCCAUCUCUCCCCUUUCCCUGUGUCUCUCCCUCCAACUUUUCCCGGUAUCCCGGUGGGCCAGUCUGGCCCUGCUUACAUGUCACCCAAUCAGAGCUCCAACUGGUAGUAUGAUGGUCUGACUACAAGGAAGUGGGUAAUCUCUGUCUUAACCACACCUUUAGAAGGGGCUGGACUGUGGGUGGCCAGGGACCAUUAUUUAUUGCUAAACUUCUCUAAAAUAGGUUGCCACUGGAUGGACGGACAAUGCCAGGGGAUUCCAGGCACUAUAACCAAUUUAAAGCGAUGAAAUGGUUAUUGUUGCUGCAGUGGCCCUUUAAAGAGACACUAAUUUUUCCCAUAUAUUGUUUUUUGCUUAUCACCCUUACCUUCAGAAAAAUAAUCUUAGUGUUUUAAUGUUUGUUUUUUUCCAAAUAAAAACUGGUGGGGCGCUGCCCCUGUGAACAAGCUUCCAAUGAUCUCUCUCUCUGUCUGUCUGUCUAUUUGUCUAUCUUCACUUUUUAUUGUAAAAAGGAGGCAAUUAAUUACUCAUUUUUUUUCAUCCCUGGUAUUGAGUUUAUUAUAAGACUUAUUUGAUGUGUUGUACUGUUUAGUCAAUGCUUUACCAUGUUUUUUCUUUUUCUUUUUUUUUUAAUUCCCAUUUAAGGAGAAUGAGUUCCUAAAACAUAACUUAUUAGAUACCCAGACCAAUAUCUCACUCCUGCAGGCUGAACUGGACAAGUUAAAGAAUGACUAUGCUGACCAGCACAUGCACUAUGAAAGGUAAAGGGACCUGUGUGGCAGAGUCCUAAACAAAAACUGAUUAAAAAGCAUUAACUGAACAUGCAUUUUUAGAAGGCAUGCUGCUGAAAUUACCAAAGUACACAACACAUUAUACAAUAAUGAUAUGUCUAAAUGAAUAAUCACAGAUCCAUCAGUCAUAUGUUAUUUUUGUUCUAUUAUUAUUUUGCUUUCUACAGCCUUUAAAAGAUUUAUAACCAACAUGUUUGGGAAAGGUUCACAUAUUGCAUUGUUUGUUGUAGAGAAGAAUUGUAAUGAUAAUUAAAGGAACACUUUGGGCACUAUAGCAACGUCAUCUCAAUGUCUUAACUUAAGGAGUUCAAGUGCUUACAAAUAAUUUAACCUCCUUCAGUCCUCCCUGUCUCCUUUGGCCCUGGCUACAUUGCAGAAGCAUUGCCUCAAGUGCCGUUGAUAGUUGUUAGCUUCCGCUGACAUUCUCAACCUAUAACUGGCUUCCCAUUGAGUAACAUGCACAUCCAAUGUAUUUUUGAGGUUGUUAUGGUGCCCUGUUGCUUUAAGUACCUUAUCAUUGCAUGCUUGUUUCUUUGUUAAUAAUGUUACACAUAUUGUAUAUUGCAUCUUUUAAUUGUCAAGGAGAACCAUUUUCAGUUAUGCAACCCAUCUGAACAAAUAAACUGAUGUUUAGCGUGCCAUUCUAUGUAACGUACAUGCUACCAUAUAAGUAAUCUGAAUUUGUUUCUUGUUGUAGAGAGAUGGACAUGCUGAAAACAAUGAUAGACGAGAGCAGAGAAUACAGCAGUAAAAUCCAAUUACUAAAGUGAGUUCCGAGAACCGACAUUUGAAUCCAUUUUAAAUUCCCUUAAAUGUCCGCAAUGUCAGAUUGACGUAUAAUAGAAGCUCAGAUCACAGUGUUUAAUGUGAAAGAAACCUAAAAUCGGAUGUAUGGAUGUGUGUUUGCAUUAUAGAUCUGUACAUGUUUAUUCACUAACAUGGCUUUUUGGGAGAAUUAAAAAAAUUAAUUAUGAGUGAAAGUCCAAACUGACUGACUGAGCUGGAAACAAUCAUCGGAUUAUCUAUUAUUCCAGGUUGUCAGUUUUUGUCUUGAAUUUUUAAUUAUAUGUGUUUAUUAUUUGAUGUCACUUGGAGUGAAGAAAAGUUAUUCUUUACUUUAACGUUGUGCAUUAUCUGCAUAUCCUGAAUCUGACCUUGAGAGUUCCACCUAGGGCAUAAAACUCAAGAAAUCAUGUUUCCACAACUAUCCCAGAGUCUCUAGCUUCACAUACAAUGAACAGAGAGGCUUCGUGUUUCAGACUCCGUACUGCAGAUACACUUAGCCAUGGAUGCUGGUUCAAACACAGGUUGUUUGUGUGUGUUUUUGGCUUUUGGGGCGUGUGUUUUUUUUUUUUUUUUUUCUCAACCAAAGCAAAAGGAUCAGUGACCACAAACCAGCUAUGAACUGCAGUUUUGACUUUGUGAAUCUCAUCAGCAUGGCUCUGGUUCUGAUCUGGAAGUUGAUGUCUCUCUGAGAGCAUGUAGUUAGGCACCAAAAUGAUUACUUUAAAAGAUUUCUCCAAGCAUGCUGCUUCAUCUGAAUUUGCUAAUGGUAACUGUUUUUCUGAUAUGCUACAGGCCCUUUAAAUAUGUGCCUUGAUGUGCUGACAUACUGGAAAUAAAUAAACUGAAUUGUGCUCUAUUUAUAGUGAAGCCAAUAAGUCUCUAUAUGACCAUAAUGACAGCAUGAGGUCAGCGCUCUCAACCCUUGAAAUUGAGAAAAAAAAGGUGAGGUUUUUUUUUUUUUAAAUAUAAAUUAAAAUUACUUGUACCUUUUUUUUUUUUUUUCUCCAAGUGGGAAUCCAAAAAUACUAAAUGUUUGCGUCUUGUGGUUGCUUUUUCAUUGUUAGAUUCAUGUGGAGCUGUCCAAGCAGCCUGACCUGCUGCAGGACUGGGAUUCCUGUUGGCUGUUAAUGCACUAGGUGUUCUACAUUAUUUAAGGCCUCUUAAUAUGAACAGAGGCAAACCAGUGAUUGGCUAUGGCAUUCUAACAAACCUAUUCCAACGCAUGAUAUGCCUGUGAUGGUGUGAGAAUAGCCAGCCAGAUAACCAACCAAUGAAACGUUUGAGGGUUCAAUAGGUUACACCGAUUUUAAAACAAACAUUUUUUAAAUCUUUUUCCAGCAUUCCUCUCCCAAUCAUGUAGAACAACCUGUGAUCACCUACAGCAGGUAAUAUUCAUUGAUGGUCUAUGCAUACAUAGUUCUUAUUCUCUUGGUAGUCAAAACGGUUUCAUGCAUUGUUUAUAUAUAGAUAUGUAAUGUCUUCAAAUUCUCUCUAGAUUUUUAGGUGAAGAUGAUUCGUACGCUAGGUUUACACAUGUUGCUACAUGGGCCAAUAAAUGUACAGACACUCGGGUAUCUCUGCCACGAAGCUUGGGUUACAGCGAUGUGGAUAGCUGCCCUAGCGAAUUUGGAAGUGAGCACAGUAAUAGCUCCGAAGAUCCUUGGUUGGCAAGUGUAUCGUACAUGAAUUCUGAUGGCGAGGUAAGUGUUUUAUACAUUCAUUUUCUACAUGUGUAACUAAAAGGAAUACAGUGUUGUAUUAUGGAAAUCUCCACUGCAUUUCAUGUUUAUUUUCCCAUUACAUUUACUUUCUUGUAUGACUAUGAAUCUGUCACUCGACAUCAGGGGAGCUAUUGGAACGGAAAUUAAAGAGUAGAUUUGAUCAGCUUUCUUUUUUUAAUGCAUGGUUUCUUAUGAUUUUAUUAAUAAUGAUAUACCUUUUAAUAUAAUCAUGUCAUAUUAAACCGAACAUUAACUUCUGAUUGGUAAACGUGACCUGUGGCAGCAAGGUCUUGUAGGGCAGUGGUUCAUAAUAGCUGUCAUCUUCCAUUUUACCAGGCGCUAGAGAAUAGGUCAGAAAUUGAUGGAAGAACAAGAUGGACUCCAUCUCGGCCUGUAAGUCGCAGCGGUUCCUCAGCUUCUUCAAGGCGGCGACUUCCUGCUUUUACCCCAAGAGUGAGUAGAAGUUAUACACCAUCUAUUAUCGUCCCCGCAUUCCAUACUGUUUGCUCGUCCCACUAGCAUAUUUUUCACCUGUACAAACAUUACUUAUAUAAAUAAGAUGGCGCAAUAAAAGUUAUAAUUCAAACAAUAUUAUGUAACAGUUGCAGCAACCAACAUAAACAAAAUUUUGGUAAUACAAUUUAGGUACAGCAGAAAAAUGGAAGUGCUGGUGCUCAAGAUUUAAAGAAACACCCUUAGUGAAUAAAAAGAGUCUCUUAAGGUGAUAUUUAAAAUUCACACUUUAGAUAUAUUCUGGGUGUAUACAAACAGUAAUGGAGUGAUUUUGUAAUUCAACCAGUAAUGUGAAAAAUACAAAUAUACUUGCAAAAUCAUAAAUUCACAAAGAUAGGAGACAAAAAACACAGAAAGCACUCCUAGUGCAAUAAAGUUACAAAGUAUAAAAAUAAAAAAAAAUUCUCUAGGUGUUCAACUCACUAGUUGAGAGUGGUAGAGGCCCCACUCAUAGCUAUAGCACCCAGGGAGGAUCAGCCUCUAGAGUGCGUGGGAUCCAAUAGAUGCUCUGAUGACCAGGAUAGCAGGUAAGCAACAUUCCUUUAUUUUAAGUAUUAAAAAUACAUAUGCAGAAAUGUAUGUAGUCCACCGUCUGCUCACCAACCCACAGGGAAUGAAAGACGCUUGAAUUCUAACCGCCGUCCUUGUUCCUCUCGUGGCUUCCGUGUUCCUGGUCCCAUGAUGCGGUUCGCCCCUCCUCUUGGGGCUUUCUCAAACGAGCAGUAUCUCCUCCCACCUCUGUAAAAUCUUUAUUUGCUGGACUUCUUACCGUGAUCCAAUCGGCAUAUAUCAAAUCAGUCUCCAUUAAUUGCCCAGUCUCUCAAAGAGUCUCUCCCAUCACCUCUGCGCGGCUCCUCUGUUAAGCUCCCAGUGUAAAUAUCGCGAGACACGCGGGCCGCGAGAUUUACCCAAGGAGCAGGCCGCGAGAUUUACUCAGGGAAUAAGUACCGGUAAUCGCUUCCGGUCCUCCCUCUGCACAUCACCCCCUCCCUGGCCAAGUAUGAAGUAGGGAGGGGGGGACAAAAAAAAAAAAGUUUAAAAAAAUAUUUAAAUAAAAUAAAUAAUAAAAUAAUAAACAUGCCCAGUUGAUGGGAGUCUGACUCCCUUUUCUAACUCCCUGUAUAUAAUGCGUCAAAAAAGGGAGUCACUCCCAUCAACCUGAGUCACCCUCUUGCACCUAAAAUGCAGAGUGUGUGUAUAUAAUGUAGAGUGUGUGCAUUAAUCAACUGGGCAUUCAUUGUGGAAGCGACCAGUCCAUGGUGAUAAUGCAGGAGGCGGAGCAAGCAGCAACACUGAGAGUCUCGGCGCUGGAAAGGGUAAUUAAACAGCUUCUUUUUUUUUUUUUUUAACAAAUUUUUAGUUUGCAAAAAGGUUGGGGGUCUGAAUCUCAAUAGGGGAUUCUGAAUUUGUAUUCUUAACGUUACAGUGUUUCUGUAGCGUUUAGUUUCUUACUUCUUUGACUGUUACAUUUACUCUGCUAAAUUUUCAGUGUUUUGUUUUCUUAUUUUGAUUCUGUACAGAAAGAAGGUUUGGCAAUUGAUGAGAAUUCUCAGGUAACCAGUCCCAUAUACAGACUUGUCCUCGCCGGAGAUGCUGGGUCAGGGAAAUCCAGUUUCCUUUUACGUCUGUGUCUGAAUGAGUUCAGAGGAGACAUUCCUACCACUUUAGGUUCAGUUAUAAUAUUUCAUAUUCUUAUUAUUUAUGUUAUAUGUACUGUUAAAUCUCGAUCUCAUACUGUUACAUUUGUGGUUUUUUUUAAUGUCUUUCUUACCUGAAAUAUUUUCAGUUUGUAAGUAAACCAUUUGUGAACGGUUUCACAACUUACCUGAGUCUGCCAGGUGCCAGUAACUAGCUCCUACCCAGAAGCUCCAUGCACUGCGAUGCUGGGUAUAGCUCAUCAGCUGAAAGUACUCAGAGUGCCUAGCUCAGUGAAACUAAUGGUGCAGCAAAUUCUGUUUGAAGACGCGUAGGCAGCUGGCACUUAGAAGACCCCAGGUAAGUUGUCAGAUUGUUUGCAAAUGCUUGGGAGGCUGCCAGGGCAAUCCUGUCACCAUAACUACUACAGCAGGCUGUUGGGGUUAUGGUGCUUGGAGUUUUCCUUUUAAGUGCUAACUCGGCAUUGGAGACCACAGUCUAAAUAUGUAAAAAUGGGACCAUUAGCUAGGGGUGUGCAGAAAGUAAAUGUACAUUGAAAUGUUUUUUCUUUUUCCUUUUCCAUUUGUUUUCCAUUAUAAAUGUCUAUUUGUUAAUUAUUACCUAAGGGAUUAUUAGUCUAAUUUAAACCCCAGCUGAACUAGUUCCCUCAGGAGUUUACAUUUGAGCUAUAAACAAGUUUCAGUAUAUUCGUCAUGGUAAAAUUAUUCCUUAAUAAAUAAUAAUAUUAAAUGUUUGUAUUCUGUCCCCAAGAAGCAGUCAAUUGAAAGAUUUUUGCCUAUAUCUGUUGGUAGUCUUCUGCGAGUAUCUGUGUACUCCUAUAGGCUAGAACACUGUUCUAGUUUGAUAUCACAUUAUUAAUUUUUUUUGUCAGUCUUUGUUUAUUUGUAUGUUUAUUUUUUUUUUCAAAAGUAGUAGGCGAUACAGAAAUAAGAAAUAGAAUAGCAUUUAAACAACACAUUAAGGUACAUAAAUUCGAGUGAAUAUAUCCUUCAGGCUGCCCCCCCCGUCUAAGCAUACACUUCGUGAUUUAGGUGGCUGGGUACUUUUGUGCGUUGGUGAACGGAGCUCGUUUUGCGUGACCCCUAGUUAUCUAAUGCGCUGAGGUUCACUGCGCCUCAUUUGGAAGGUAUGGGAAGUCUAUAGCGGUCCCGGUGUAGUGCGGGUCAUGUGGGUAAUCCGUCUUUUUCCGUAGAGACUCGUCUGUCAUCUCUACCUAUUGUCUGUCAUACGUGUCAUACACCCAUGGGGGGUGGUGUGGGACUGUCUAAUCUGCUUGCGAAUGGAAUAGAUGCCUCCAGUUCAUGUACCUUGAGGAAGAGUCCCCCGUAUGUGUCCAAGGUAUACCUCGCCUGCCGUACUUUUUUUUUUUCUUUUUUCUUUUUACAUUUUUAUUGAAGUAUUGCAAGUGGUACAGAAAAUUUUUGCAAGAUUGUUGGUCCACAUGACCACAGUGACAAACGUUUAAACAUGUACAGUUGAGUGUCACAUUCUGAACAUUACAUGAGUUAGCUUAUAUAACAGUUGAACCAUUCAUUUGAGUGUUUUAAUAUGGUUAAACAGAGUAGGUCUAUUUGGUAUUCUAGUCUGAUCUACGUAGAUUUUUCCCCUUUAUUCUAUUGUGUUGAUGAUUUCCUAUUAUGGUUGUGGGUCCCGUCUGGUGAUCUGUUAUACCUUUGUAUCCUCAUUUGGGCUGUCUGUUGUGCUGGUUUUUGGAUUAUCCCCUUGUUUGGAGAAGAUGGAGGGGUGGGGGGUAGAGGAAGAAUAAGUUUUUGCUUAAAUGGGUUGGUUCCGCAUAUAUUGGAGCCAAGGGUCCCCUAUGGAUGUGUAUUGAUGGUAGCGGUGUGUUAGAGAGUAGCAUGUCUCUUCGAGGCUUCUUAUGGUUUCCACUUUUUGUAUCCACUCUCUCAUUGUGGGUUCAAGUGGUUGUUUCCAGAGGGCUGGGAUGAGCUGAUUUGCUGCUAUGAUUAGGUGUACUAGUAGGGUUUUUUCAUAUUUUGGUAUGUCUUGGGUGGGGGAGAAGGAAUAUGUAUGUGCUGGAUGUAAUGGGAUAUGUGUCUGUAACACCUCAGAGAUCAUGCCAGCGACCCGCGUCCAGAAUCUGCGGAUCUCUGGGCAUGUCCACCAGAUGUGCGUCGUUGUCCCUUUUGGCUGAUGGCAUUUCCAACAAUGGUCUGGUACUGUGGGAAAGAGAGCAUGUAGCAUGUGGGGUGUAGUGCCAUCUAGCAAUUCUUUUGUAGUUGCUUUCUUGUGUUAUUGUAUUUCUAGCGGAUUUGUGUAUUUGUCUGAAGAUUUGUCUCCAUUUGUCUCUAGGUAUUUCUAAGCUUAAUUCCUUUUCCCAUGUUGUAGUGUAAGCCGGUAAUUGGUGUGGAUGUGUUGUUUGAAUUAUGGUGUACAUCACCGAGAUAAGUUUCUUUUUCAGGUCUUGUUUAGAGCAGUGUUGUUCAAACUCUGUUUGUGUUCGUUUAGUGCUGUGUGCUAGUGGGCCUGAGUGAACGAACUGUAUUAUUUGGAGGUAUUGGAAUUUUUGAAUCGCUGUCUGUGUUUCUAUGAGGUCCUGUAUUGGUUUAACUUUUUGUCCCUCAGUAGUAUCCAGUAUUUCCCCUAGUGUGAGGUACGCUGCCCUCUGGAAGUGUUUUAGUGCUUUGCCCCUGGUUGAAAGAGAGGAUUGUGUGAAAUUGGAUAACGUGGAGAAGGGUAUGGUGAUAUCUGUUUAUGUGUUCUCAGGGUCGCCCAAGUGCGUAAAGUAGGUGUGAUUGUUGGGUGUGGGCCUGGUAUCAUAAGUGAGUGUCCUACUUUGUGCCAUGGGAUUGUAUAGAUGGGUGCCCUGAAGAAUGUUGUUUCAAUUGUUACCCACUGUUUCAUGGUGUAUGGGAGUGACCAAUCAUAUAUUCUAGUUAGGUGCACUGCUUUGUGGUAUUUCUCCAUAUCAGGCAGGCCAAGGCCUCCAUCAUCUUUUGAUCUUGAAAGAAGUGCGUAUGAUAAUCGUAGGUUUUUAUGUGCCCAGAUGAAGGUCUUGAGUGUCUUUCGAACUGAGUUGAACCAUGUCUUUGGUAUUGAUAUGGGGAGAAUUUGCAGCAGAUAUAGAAUCCUGGGGAGAACAUUCAUUUUGAGAAUGCUCAGCCUGCAGAACCAUCCGAAUUGUGGUUUAUUGCAUGUAGUGAGGUCUGUGUGUGUGGUUUUCAUUAGAUCUGGGAAAUUUCUCUCGAAUAGGUGGGAGGUGUCCUUGGUGAUUUAUAUUUUGUGGGGCCCACGCAAACUGGUAAUCCUUCUGUUGUCGUGUGUCGGUAUGUGUAUGGGGUGGAUUUUGCAUUUACUGAGAUUUGCUUUAAAGUUGGAUAUGACGCUAUAUGUGUUCAUUUCUUCCAUUAGAUGUUGUAAUGAGUUAGUUGGGUUUGAGAGGGUAAAGAGCAUAUCAUCAGCAAAUGCUGCUAUUUUAUGCUCCUCUUUCCCCACUUGUAUUCCUGCAAUGUUGGUGUUGUCCCUGAUUCCCUGUAAGAAUGGCUCUAGGAUGAGUAUGAAAAGAAGGGGGGGAGAGCGGACCUCCCUGCCUGGUGCCAUUUGUGAUGGGCACCUGAUCAGAGAGAUGCCCAUUGAUCCUGAUGUUGGCUGUGGGGUUUGAGUAUAUUGCACCAAUCCACUUCAUCCAAUUUGGUCCAAAUCCAAGAUGUUGUAGUGUAUAUGACAUCAAUGUCCAGUCUACCCUGUCAAAAGCCUUUUCGGCAUCUAUAGACAGGAGUAGACUGAGUUACUUUGUUCUUGUGGCCUGGUGGACAAGAUUGAUCUUGGUGGUGGUAUUUUUUGCCUCUCUGCCCGGGAUGAAGCCAGACUGGUCGGCAUGAAUCAGCCCAGGCAGCAGAGGGCAAAGCCUGUUGGCUAGGAUUUUCGCGAAGAGUUUGAGAUCAAUGUUUAUUAGAGAGAUUGGCCUAUAACUACCGCAUUGGGUUAGGUCUUUACCUGGUUUUGGUAGUAGGGUAAUUGUGGCGUAGGGGGGAGGGAGUUGAGUUGAAGGAUUUUAUAAAGUGUGGGAUAAGAGUUGUGGCAAAGGUUUUAUAAUAUUUUGUAGUGAACCCGCCAGGCAUCGUACAGUUGAUAUUUAUCAAGGAUUUUUUGUAUUUGAUUUCUCAUUGAGGUCUGGUAUGUCUGGGCUUGUGAGGUGGUGUCUAGUUUCCCAUCAAGUGAUACCGCCUCCCGUACUUUAGGCGCCCGAAAGAGGAGUGAAAUGCCGUGCUGGUACCAUUAAUCGGGUUAUCACUAUUGGAGCAUCAGCCGUGAAUUAAGAGACCGAAAAGGUAGAUGCAUGCUAUUAGGUAGGUUUAAUAAGUUAGCUCCGCUGUACAUAUGUGAAGGAAGAGAUAGAGGGGAGAAAGAGAGGCAUUGGGGAAUUAGUGAUAGAGAGAAGGAAAGGGGGUGAGGAACGGGCUGGAUUUGGAUGCCCUGCCCCGGUCUCGCGGAUCACCCCCAUCCAUCACGUUGCGAGCAUGCUCAGGGCCCCUACUCCUCCUCUUACCCAUCGGGUUGGUUUCCAGGUUCGUCCCUGUUGCACAGGUAGUACGUCCACGUCCUCCAGAUCUCCUGGUGUUUCUCCAGCCUUCCAUUCACCGCCGCUAUUUCGGCUACCACUUGCCUGAUCUCCUCCACUCUCUGGAGCCAGGCUUGGAAUGUUGGUGGCUGUUUCUGCCACCACAGUGCUGGGAUCAGCGAUUUUGCUGCCGUUAGGAGGUGCCGGGACACCGUUUUCUUAUACCUCGAUAUGAGUAGGUCUGUUCUGUUGAGUAAGAUAUCUGCCGGGUCAAAAGCAACCUCCUCCUCAGCCACCCUCCACAUUGCCUCGUAUAUUUGUAAUAUCACAUUAUUAACAUGCCAUUCACCAUUUCCACUUUACAUACUUAACGUUUAUUUAUUCAUUUCUAUUGGUACUAUGAUACUUUGGCAUUUGGUUUGGUGGGGAGUAGGCCAGUACUAAAAAGACACAUUCCAAACCGACACCUCCAUCCUAGUUUUAUUAUCUUUUAUAUUAUCUUUUAUCAGAAUAAUUUUUAUUGAAUAAACCUCAAGAACAUCUCUAGUGCUUUUUAGCUAUCUCUCAUAAGUAAAGUUGGCUUAGAAUUUGUUGUUUUCUGAUUAGGACUUAUUGAGGUUUACAUGUAAAGAUUGAUUAUGGGGCAAAUGGUUUUCCUUCCUCUAAUGAAAUAGUUGUUUAUUUGACUAAGAAGCAUAAUGUGGAACUUUCAUCCCCAUUGGAACAUUCUCAGCUGCUGUAGUUUGUUGUUCACAAAUGAAAGGAAAAAAAAUAAAUUAAUUAAAAAAACAAAAAAAAAACCCAGACCUCGAUCUUUAAAGAGUUUUCUUUGAUGAAAUCACUAUGUUUUCAGCUUUGUGGACCGAUUGGCAUCCCUCCUGCUGCAAGUAUUAACCUUUCAUUCUUUCUUAGGAGUUGAUUUUCAGAUGAAGAAACUCUUGGUGGAUGGUGAUCACACGACAUUACAGAUCUGGGACACAGCUGGUCAGGAAAGGUGUGUGAAAACCUUGAAACUACAUUCUUAUCUGCAUAGAUAAGGACUGUUUGUGCAAAAAUAGCACUCUGAUAUAAUACAAAAAUGCCUGCUUUUAAAGGGAAACUCAAGUGUAAAAUUCUAGAUUUUCAUAGAGCAGGAGUUCUUAAACACAGUUUGGAUCUUGACCAAAGAGUUUAUGUGUUCCAAGUUUGGCAGGACAGAAUCCUCCUAUUCAGCAGCCUCAAGGCAACUAUCCACAAAAUACAUUGUUCACUGUAGUAGAAUUACAAGGCCGUGUAGAAUAAUUUUGUUAAUGUUUUUAAAGGAACACUCCAAGCACCACAACCACUGUAAUGGAUUUGUUGCCAGGAAUGCCUUGGUGUUCCCUCGCUGUAAGUAGAUAAACUGUAUUGGAAUGGUUUAACUUCUUCCCUGGGGUCUCCAAGUUGCCAGUCCCCUCCUGUACUUCUUCUGCCAGAAAGCCUGAAUCUCCUAAGCAACUUCUGAAUGUCAACUGAUUGCUUUCAGCCAAUGAGCUAAGCUGUGCACUGCCAGGAUUAGCUCAACCAGAGUUUCAAACACACAAAAACGUAAUCCUAGGGCAGCAAGGGACAGCUCACCUACAACAAAUUAAGUCAUAGCUUAAAGGAACACUAUACCGUUGGGAAUACAUGGAAACGUAUUCCAAGCGCUAUAUUGACUUUUUACUGGUUCGGGUACUAACCCCUUGAAUGAUCAAAUUUAAUUAUAACAUUCAGAUUGCAGACUAUUUAGCACCUUACUCUGGUUAUCAUUUAUAUGUAUCACUGCAGGUUCCGCAGUAUUGCAAAGUCAUAUUUCCGCAAAGCACACGGCGUCCUUUUGAUGUACGACAUCACUUCAGAAGCUAGUUUUCUCAAUGUGCGGCAGUGGAUUGAUGAGAUUAAGGUAUGUGACUUCUGUUUGUUUAAUAUUUUUUGGUUUUGUUAUUAUUUUGACAGUGGGCAUAUAAAGAAACCCUGUGUACAUAAAAUAUAUGUAUCAUAUGAAUGAUUUCUGAAAUAGAAUUGUCUACAUGUGUUGGUGUUUCCUGUUAUUUUCUAAUGAAUUUAGAAAACAAACUAUUAUUUAAUCUGUGCUGUGACAGUGAAGGCAUUUACAUUUUAAACUCCUCAUAAUCUUCUUCAUUUUAUUUAUUCUUUUUUAUUUUUAUAGUCUACGUAUUAAUAUAUAUUUUAAGUCACGAGAACUGUGUUCUUGAGUGCCCUUUGCAGCAUCAGAUGGGUAUAUGCCAAGUUCAUCACUGUAUCCAACGCACCCUCUUAUUUCAGAAGUGCAACCUAAAACACUUGAAUUCACCAAACAUUUAUUAAAAUCAUGGAUUAAGACAGUCAUGAGAAAUUAUUAAAGUCAGUGAAGAAAUGUAAGAGGGGCUAGCCAACUUCCAGGGUAGCCAACAGUGAUGCAUUUAUUGGUUAUUGACUGCCCUUACACACUUUGUCCCUCCUUAUUCAACUAUCAUAUCUCAUUAAUACGUAGAUACACCAUCACAAUCCUGCCUCCCCCGGCCCAGCCCUAGUCGAUCCAAUCCUACAAUUCACCUGUUAGCCCAUCUCAGAGCUGAUUUGAGUAAUACAGUCCAACCCCAGCUUGGGACAAAUACUCAUGCUAAAUCCUGGCAAGUCAUCUACUUUUAAGUGGUCAAUACAAAGCUGUAAAGGGCAGAAUUUCAAGCUGAGAGUUGAACAGUGUUUUAUUCAGAGACCUUUGAUUUGUAUUUCUUUUAACUUGUUCUAUUAUUGUUAUAGAACUCAUCAGACAAGCCUAUGCCAAUGAUGCUAAUUGGCAAUAAAACCGAUAUGAGGUCUGUAAACAAAGAAUCUGCUGUCAUUCACACAUCCAUGGGUGAAAAACUGGCUAUGGUAAGCAGGCCUAUGCUGCAAAUCUUAUGUGGGUCAAUUAGACAAAAAUGUUUUUAUCAGGGUAUCCUAAUUCAAUCAUGUGUUACAGGCCUAUGGCGCCCUUUUCUGUGAGACAAGUGCCAAGAAUGGGACCAAUGUAGUGGAGGCUGUCCUUCACCUUGCAAGGUACGUAAUGUGGAAAAGUGUGUUGUUAUAUGGACCCAUCAAAGAGACACGUUUAAUGCAUUGAUUACAGAAUUGCAAAUUGCACCUAAAAAUCGAUGAUUUGGAAAAAAUUGUAUAACUACACUGUAUUCACAGCUUGGCAAGUUUAGCCUGAAAUUGAUCAUCUGGGUUUUAAUUUGCAACAACUCCUGUUAUAUUUUGUGAAUAACCCUGCUAUGUUUUCAAGGUAAUACAGAUUAAGGAACCGCGCACACAUAAAAAUGCAUUUUAAAAUUCUAUAAGACUACUUAAAACUACUUGAAUCCCCUAUCUCCGCAAACAAAUAUGGGGGUUCAGUUCUGCCAUAUUGUGUUAAGCCCACCACUGCUUCACAGUACCCCAAUAUCAGUGGGUCCUGCACUAAUUCAAACAAUUCUAGUGUUUAUGAAGGCUGUUUGUCACAUGCAGGGAGGUGUGGCUAGGGCUGCGUAAACAAAGUUAUUUAACUCCUAAAUGGCAGCGAAAUUGAGCAGUGAGACUGCAGGGGCGUGUCGUAUACACCAAAACCACUCCAUUUAGCUAAAGUUCAUUUGGUGACUAUAGUGUCCCUUUAAUCACUUGUCUUCAGUAAACAAAUAUUUGAAUUUAAAUACAUCCGUUUGGUUAUAUUGUGUUUAGUUUACAACUCAGUCAAAGUAUUCCAAUUUUAAUAGGCCUUAACCUAACCCCAUUUAAACGUGGGAUAAAAAUAAACCACAGGUUUCAUCACUUGCUUUCAUUGCAGCUAUACCUGCUCCAAGAAGCCUUCCUACAAUUUCAAUAAUUUUCAGUAAUGCACACAACAGCCAUUUCUCAGUAGGAAACAAGAAUCAAAGUACGCGUGGAUGUCAGUACAGAGUAAAAUACAUAUUACAUAUUAAAUGUUACUGCUCAGCUAUCAAACUCUAGGAUUUAAGCACUGCAGACACAUUGUGUGUUGUAAGUAGUGAUGCUGGAGGAUAAAGCACAACAACCCUACCUUCAUGUGUAUAAUUAUCAUGGUUAGUUACUAAAGUGAGAAUUCAAAGUGAAUUCUAGAUUAAGGCCAGAGUAGCACAAUGACAAUGGCAGGAUAUCCCAAAACGCAGAGUAAGCACCUGCCUACAAAUGCCUGGCAGGUGGGGAGAUAAAUACCAGAAGUCAUGGUUAUUGUCCGCUGUAGCAGAGUCUGCUUUAAUAUCAGCGCUGCAGGAACUGUUGCGGAGGACUACCAGGAGGUGGGUGUUACAAGAAGAGCAACACCCACAAAGUGGCACUGUAACAGAGGAAAAGUUACUAAAUCUAUAUUUUUCACAUUGAGUACACCAUGUAUCUGUGUGAUAUAUGGUAUAUGCAAUCUGUAUGGAUUGGUGUAUGAAUGGCUAAGGUUUUUUUUUUUUAACCCUUUGUGUGCCGGGGGUUCGAGGAUGGGGAAUCCAGAGGCCACCAUAGUGAUAGGAAUACAGAUUUGUAUUCCUAAAUCUUAAGCCCACUUUACUCUAACCACUACUAACAUUAUCUUGUACCCGGCGUGUUUACACAGCUGCAUAAAUGCACUAUACUAACAGAUUCAAACACAUUAUAUUAUAAGUAGAAAUAUGCACAUACAUACAUUUGUACAUAUGCAGUUAUUAAAUAUGAUUUAAUUUUUUUUAUGUUUUUACGCCUGCACAAUCCAUCUAAUACAUUAAUUAUACUUCUUUAUAUGCCUUUUAUUCAGUUAGGUCGGCUUAGAAUUUUAUAUAUAUCCAGCCCUGAGAAUGGAAAGCAUAGCAGAAUUUCCCCAUUUUGGCUAUUUUGACCUUAAAUGUGAAAUUCAUUUUGACAUUUCACUUUAGUGACUAAUCCUGUAGGACAGUGGUUGCCCAAACAGCGGAUCCCCAGAUAUUGUAGAACUACAACUCCCAUGAUGCUUGCAUGCUUUUAGAAUGACAGAGCAUCAUGGCAGCUGUAGUUUUAAAACAUGUGGGGAUCUACCUUUUGGGCACCCCUGCUGUAGGAUCUCUGGGCUUGCAUGUGACAUACUCAUGUAAUGUGCUCUGAUUGCUAUGUUUAGUACUGAACCAGGUUAUGUACAGUACAUUUUAGGGAGUGAGAUUAGUGGACCCAAAAUGUCUUGUAUGUGACAAUGGCCUUACAGGAUCCACAGAGACUUCUGUGCUUGAAAAAGUAAUAUGGCUGACCAGGACCGAUCCUGGGGUCACUGAUGCCUGGAGUUCAAGAAUAUUUUUCGCGCCCCCCUGAUGGGUGUGGCUAUAUUGCUAACUCCUGCCCUUUACAAACAUAACACUUCUAACCAAACCCAAUUUCUAUGGAAACCACACACCCUCAACCCAGGUCACAUGUCACAUACUUCCUACAGUGCCAGCUAUGCCCCCAAAAAGCUUAUUAGUGCCAUAUUUGUGCCCAGCUUCCCGGGGCCGCAUCUGUCCCCAUGUGGCUUCCCAGUGCCAUCUUUGUCUGAAAAUGGCUAAUCAGUGCCAUCUCUCUGUCCCAAUAUAGCGGAGUGCCAUCUUAGUCUCGAAAUAUUUAUUUCCCCAUCUUCUCAGUGCCAUUUUUGUGCCCAAAUCGCUGAUCAGUGUCAUUGCUGUCUCAAAAUUGCUAAUCCAUGACAUUUCUUUUUCAAAACAGCUUACCAGUGCCAUCUUGUCCUCAGAGGGCUUGUCAGCUGGUAGUGUUUUUGUAUGAACUGUGUGUAAGGUGGUUGUAUUUUGCAGAGUCAAUGUAUUUGUAAUGAAGAAAUGUAUUUACAGAUGUAUGUGAAUUCAAAUGAAUAUUUGUGUAUAAUAAUAAUGUGUGCAGAUGCAGUUAUUAAAUUUUUUUUUAAAUAAAAUGUAUUUGUAAGAUAUGUGUAUGAGUGUCCUUCACUGGACGUUACGGUGUGUGCAUGCAUUGUUGUUUUCAGCAGUAUGUUUGUUUAUUUUUCUGAAUGUCCCUGGGUGACUUAUGUCACCAUUCUCUUCCACUUUUGACUCUAUCCCAUCCCCAGGGGCGUUGCUAUGUGGACUAGGUACUUAAGCCCCAAAAAUACAUUUGAUAUUUGAAAACCCCUCCCAUAGCUGACAUUAAGCUUGCCCAAUAAUCCACCUCAGCCAUACCAUAAAAAAGAAAAUGAUGAAAUGCUGCCACCUCUACUAACCAUAAGCAUGCACACCAAAACACGACCACAUCAAUUAUUGUGUGUACGUGCGUGCGUGCGUGCGUGCGUAAUGCGGUGUGUUUUACAAUUUUAAAAUGUAAAAAACACCCACAAUUUGUUUUAAAUGUUUUCAAGAAUAUUCAUUCCACAAAUAUGUAAACUGUAUGUUAAAAAAAGUCUCCUCAAGGGCCCCAUUAGAGACUACAAUAGAGGGUGUUCUCUAAAAUGCUAGCCCCCAUUUCCAAUAUAGUGAUAUAACAAAGCUCUGUGAUGCCCAGCUUAAACUGUCUCUUCUCACGUUAACUACUGUUGCUGGCUGCUGUGACUGGCAGGCUGUUUUUGGCCGGCUGCUGUGGCCAGCUGGCAGGCUGGUUGGCAGGCCGGCUGGCUGCUGCUGGCAACUGUGGCAGGCAUCUAUUUCUACCACCAAUCCCUUUGUGUGUCUUAUUUCCCCCUCCCUUCUGUGUGUCUCACCCCCCAGCCCUUCUGUGUGUCUGUUCAUCCCCGCAGCCCUUCUGUGUGCCUCUUUGUCUCCCUAGCCCCUUUGUGUGUCUCUCUUCCCCCUCCAGCCAAUUUGUGCAUCUGUUUCUACCCCAACUCCUUUGUGUGUCUUUUUCCCCUUCCCCAGCCCCUCUGUGUCUCUUUUUCCUUCUGUGUGUUUGUCUCCCCUCCUGUCUGCUUAUGUAGCCCCCCAUCCCUUCUGCGCUCUUUAGUGCCCGCCCCCCGUCCCUUUAUGCAGCCCACCUUUCUCUCUUUCUGUGCCAUCUAUAGCCCCUUCCUCUUCCCUGUGAUUGCUCAACUUCCAUCUUUACCUUUUAGCCCAGCCAGCCUUCCAGGAGCUCUGAGGGCCUUCAGACAAAAGGUGGAGGUUAGCGAGGGGGCAGAGCCUACCACCGCAAUGCACCUCUACUCACAGAGCGCUUUGGCGCUGUGGACCCAGUGCACCCGCCCAGGAUCGGCUGUAUGGCUGACUUAAUAUACUGCACAAUUUUUAAUGGUUACUUAAAUACACAUCAUGCUGCUCCCUUUCCCAUCUGGCACGGAGGGGGCUGGGACAUUGGUUAGUAAUCACCAGCAUGAUUUGUGUACUGAUGACUGAUGCCAAAUAUGCACAGGUCUAAUACGAUGUUAAAUCUGGAGUUACAUAAUGUGGAGAUACAUAUCCAACAGCAAUAAGCUGAAGAGCUGCACAUACAAACUCCAAGCACCAUGACCACUUCAAAUCACAUGUUCAGUGGUGGACACAUCCCUUGCUAUCAUAAAUAUCAUGUGACUUCCUCCAUUCCACGUGGAACAAUUAUGUUACAUAAAACUGUUGUUUUCUUUGUAGGGAAGUUAAGAAGACUGUGGACCUAAAAGAAGAAAAUGCAGAAUCCGUAACCAAGCUCAGUAUUCCAGAGAAGAAGACGAAUUGUUGCAAGAUCUAGUCUUGUUGCAAGGAGGACCUUACAGUAUAAAACAACCUAAAAAUGAAGGAUUGUAUAAUGAUUGGGUCCAUGUAAUAUUUUCUGCGACUUAUCUUUUUUUAAUGUUUUCACUCCCUAAAAAUUUGCUAUGCACAAAAAAACUUUAACACAACACAUCUCACAUUCGUCUUGAUGUGAAAAUAUGCAAACUCUGGCCCUGUGGUUACAGCUCUCACUACGUGGCUGGGGACUUGCAAUUAAACCGACACUGGGUAAAUUACCCCUUUAAAUGACUAACUGCUACGAAGAACAAUAUAUCACUUAAACUGACCAACUGCUACAAAGAACAAUGUCACUUCUGAAAAACCAUGUUGUCUUCUGUCUAAAAACUAGUAAAGGUUUGUUCACAGUUGAUGACACAAAUGGAAAUUGUCCAUUGAUCAAUGGAUUGGUGACAAUUUCACGUACUUGAAUUUUAGAAUAUUUUUUUAUAUAUUUACCAAAUUAACUGUUGGAUCGUCAUUGAAUACCUAAAUACCUAAUUGUUUACAGUUUUUGUAAAAUAUUUUUACUGUUGUAUUUAACAUUACUGCAUGUUUUGUCCGGAAAUGACUGACAAAACUGUUAUACCAGACUCCUCUAUGAGGCUUUGAAUUUGUGAUUUUCCUACUUAAAUAUUCAGGGCAGCACUAGGCUGGUAUAGGGUUGGUAAGAGAUUUUUUUAUUUUUUUUUUUUAAAUAAAAAUUUUCAGCUCCAAAAUGAAACUUUUUUUUUUGUCCCUUAACAGACUUUCCAACAGACCAAGGAUUAAACCUCAGGAUAUGCUUACUUUGUAAGCACUCAUUUAGAGUGGACAAAAGUACUAGCACCUUUUAAGAUUACCUGUUUUUUUUGUUUUUUGUUUUUUUAACAACUGGUGGUGGAAAUUAACAAAGUUUUAGUGAAGGAUAAGUAUUUUUUUUUAAAUUGUUUAACAUUAAUUUGGGGUAUUUUUUUGUUUAUACAAAUUGUCCAGAAAGCUGAAGGCAACCAUUGGCGUUUCAACUGUUCAAAAUACAAUUUGUUGCUUUUCACCCGACUUUUUAUGCUAUAAAUAUAUACAUAUAAAAUAAAGAUUUUAUUUCUUUUAGCAAA